AUGUUGGGAAAUGGGAUUGCAACUUGCAAAAAGGUUACUGAUGAAGUUUUUGCAGAAAUGAAAAAACUUGUGAGAGAAUGUGAAUACCGGUUCAAAAGUAUAGCUCCAAGACAAGUGUCUUUGCCUAAUACUGGUUAUUUACUUUGUUCUUAUGUUUCUAAUGUUGAGCAAAAGAAGAGAAAUGGAAUGAAUGGUCCCAUUGAUAGAGCUUUUCAAAAGGAGGCUAGAGAACAAUGUGAUGUUGAAGUUGCAAGGAUGUUUUAUGUAGGUGGAUUAUCCUUCCACCUUGCAAGGAAUCCACAUUAUCGAAACUCCUAUCUUCGUGCUUCUGCGCUUCCAGGAUAUGUUCCACCAAAGAAGAGCCACAUUGAGCGGUGUUUACAACCAAUUAAGGGUACAUGGAGCACUGAAGGUGUAAGUGUGUGUAGUGAUGGGUGGACAUAUUCGCAAAGUAGACCACUUAUUAAUAUUAUGGCAACUUGUGAGAGUGGACCUAUGUUAUUGAAGGGAAUUAAUUGUGAUAGAGAGUGCAAGGACAACCAUUGUAUUGCCAACUUUCUUAUCGACUCCAUUAAGGAAAUUGGUUAUCAAAAUGUGGUUCAAGUAAUCACUGACAAUGCCCCAUGUCCCAAUUUUCCAGUCUCAGUGCCCACCCUUAUUGGGAAGUAUAAUAUGAGAUUGGCUAUGUAUAAAGACCACUGCAAAUUGAAGAUGUUCUCCAUUGCUGAAAGAAGGUUUGCCUCUACAUUUGUGAUGAUUAGAACAUUUAAGGAUGUAAAGGAAGGUCUACAACAAAUGGUGAUUAGUCCAAAUUGGUCUUUAUAUAAAGAGGAUGACAUUGGCAAAGCAAGCGCAAUAAACCUUUACUUCAUUUGGUUUAUGAUGAUAGAGAAGGUGAAGGCAACUAUCUAUGGGAAAGAGCACAAGCAACUACAUGAACAAAGCGAAUUCUUUGAUGUGGUGUAUCACAUUUUAGUGGAGCGAUGGACCAAAAGUAGCACAUCACUCUAUUGUUUGACACAUUCUUUAAAUCCUAGGUUUUAUAGUCCAGAAUGGCUACAAGAAGAUCCUAGCUGUGAUGCUCCACACCAAGUCGCCGAGAUUACAAUGGAAAGAAAAAAGUGUCUUGAGAAAUACUUUUCAAAUGACCGGACUAGAAGAGAUAUUAAUGUGGAGUUUCACAGGGAACCAAUGGUGUGGUGGAUUGUUCAUGGAGCUUCAACACCAACUGUCACCACCUGA